ACCUUACAGUGCUGGCCAGGUUGCCAAGGCAACAGCACAUGCAUAAUUGAAUGGCAGAGUGAGUGUGACUGGAGGGUGGAAGGCAGCUUAGGCUGUCGCCCGCUUUCAGAUCGGAUUAAAAGAAGCUGGCAAAUCCAUGGCAUACACACCCAUGUGCACCAAGGAAGGCGCCGCACGGCCACAUUGUGCCCCAUAAUGUAAGACGCCGCAGCGGGCUCUCAAAUGGCGGCGGUGGAGCCGGGUCAGGCCAAGCCCCAGAAGCGGGUGAGGUUCCGCGUGGCCUCAGGGAGCAGCGGCCGGGUUCUGAAGGAGAUCUUUAAAGACGAGGGGCCUUGCGACUCCCUGGACUCGGACUGCACCAGCAGCUCGGAUGCGGAACGGGCCAGCACGCCAUCCACCAGCGGGGACGGACCCCCCUAUGGAGGAUACCUGGGGUCCGAGCUGGAUGACAGUGAGAGCGAACCCGACGACCUCCUGGUGUACGCCGGGGCCACCAAGGACUGGACGUUCACCUCCAAAAGGGUCAACAUACUCAGCAAAAACGGGACUGUGAGGGGCGUCAAGCACAAAGUGAGCGCAGGUCAGACGCUCUUUGAAAACCACCCCAGCAACAGUGUGGAUUUGUUGCUGGAAUUUGGGCGUAUUGUGAUUUACACCACCAGCUUCCGCGUGGUGAGAACCACCUUUGAGGGCUGCGAGCUGGUGCGGAAGAUUUUCCAGAACCACAGGGUGAAGUUUGUGGAGAGGAACAUCGCCCUGGACGGCGAGUACGGCAAGGAGCUUGAAGAGCGCUGCAAGCGAGUGGGAGAGCCUCCAUCUCUGCCUGUGGUCUUCAUAGACGGACACUACCUCGGGGGUGCUGAGAAGAUAUUGGACAUGAACGAAUCAGGAGAGCUGCAAGACCUUCUCACAAAAAUUGAGGUUGGUUGUCAACCAUGAUGUUGCUGUGGACUACACUUGUGGAACUGACACACAUAGAUUAUUAUAUUGAUGUUUGGCAGCAUACAGUAUUGUACAAACACCAAAGUGUCAGAAUUGAAGUCCUAAUGUAAUAAAUGAACACCAUAGCCAAUAAAAUAGAGACAAAAAAAAUACAACAUGUCAUGUCAAUAAGUGAGCGUCAGUAAUGGAGGGCCUUUCAUUGAUUCUGCUUCCAACACAUUUGUUCUCUGCACAUUAAUGUUACAUAACCUAUUUUUAUAUACAUGUAUAGAACUACAGUGAUUACCCUACACAUACGGUAUCAUUGAGGAUACAUUGUGGUCAUCUACAGUACAAGCAUGCAAGGCUGAUUUUUUUCUUGUAUUUUAUAAGAUUGUGUACCCAAUGCAGCAGGUAAAAUACUCACAUAUUUGGAAGGCGUGCAUGAAUGUGUCCUCCCUCCAGCGGGUGCAACACCCCCAGACGUGCCAGAGCUGCGGGGGCUUCGCCUUCAUCCCGUGCCCGACGUGCCAUGGCAGCAAGAUGUCCGUGUUUCGCAACUGCUUCACGGACUCCUUCAAAGCCCUCAAGUGCACUUCCUGCAACGAGAACGGACU